UGAAAUCGCUCUUAAUAAAGAGACGGAGGGAGUAAUAAAUCAAGAUAGGCGAAUUCAGAUAGAUAAAUAUAGAUAAGUAAAAACCACUCGUAAUUGCAUAAAGUGCAUUAAAUCUAAUGUAAAUCUAAAUUCCAAUUUUAAUUCCAAUUCUCCAAUUCCAAAUCCGACUUUGGAAGUAAACAAAACGUUUCUAAAUCCACACUCAUAAAUGAUAACUCUCAAUUAAAAAACUCCCAAUUCCAUUACACAAAAAAUAAAAAACUGACACCAAACUCCAAAUUCUCCAAACACACGUCAAUGGCGCAAAUCUAGCAACUACCCUCUCUUCAACACCACCAAAUCAUCUCUUUCACCAUUUUCUCUCUCCUCCCCUUCAAUGGCGGGCUCACCAAAACCCCACUCACCUCACAACUACUUCACUCACAAACUCCUCACCAAAGAAACCUCCAUUGCAAUCCUCCUUCUCUUCUUCUUCAACUUCAUCUUCUUCACUUACUACUUCCAUCACUACCCUUCUCUCUCCUCCUUCGACUUCCACCACCACAGAUCCCGCCAUCUUCGCCUCCCUCUCUCUGACCAACCCCCACUACUUUCUCUCUCCUCAGCCGUCGCUAAACCAUGGCCAAUUCUCCCCUCUUACCUCCCCUGGUCCCCUCCUUCUUCUUCUCCCUCUUCCUGUGAAGGGUAUUUUGGGAAUGGGUUUUCGCGGACUUCUACUGUUCUUCCUCGAAUUGGGUCGUCGAAUUCGUCGUGGUUUCGGUGCCAUUUUAGUGGGACUCUUCGGAGCUCCGUUUGUGAAGGUGGGCGGGUUAGGAUGGAUCCGGGUAAGAUCCGGAUGUCGGUUGGUGGGGAAGUGAUUGAGGAGGUGAUUGGAAGGUCGGAUGAAGAGGAGCUUCCUGUGUUUGAAGAUGGCGCGUUUCGAUUGCGGCGAAACGGGGUUGGGAAGGGGAAGAAACGGGGUAAGGCGGUUUCGAAGGAGUUUCUUGAUGAGUUUGUUGAUGAAGGUGAGAUUAUGAAGCAUACUAUGAGAGAGUUGUUUCAGACUAUGGAGUUGGUUGAGAAUGAAGAUGAUUUUCUGUGUUCUCAGUGGAUUGAGGAGCCAACAUUAUUGCUGACGCGGUUUGAGUAUGCUAAUGUUUUUCACACAUAUACUGAUUGGUAUAGUGCAUACGUUAGCUCUAGAGUAACUGGGUUGCCAACACGGCCGCAUGUGGUUUUUGUUGAUGGCCACAGCAAGACACAAUUGGAAGAAACGUGGGAAGCACUUUUCUCAAGUAUCAGAUUUGCUAAAAACUUUACUGGUCCUGUGUGCUUUCGUCAUGCUGUUUUUGUACCUUUGGGGUACGAAACAGCCUGGUUUAAGGGUCUGAGUCAGCAUAUUGAUUGCCGCGGGGCUUCUGCAAAAGCCCUGUGGGCACACCCUGAUGGUCGCAAAACUGCACGACUAUCAGAGUUUGGGGAGAUGAUUAAGGCAGCAUUUGACUUUCCUGUGGAAAUCCCCAAAAGACCGAAGUCAACCUCAGAACAUAAUGUACUUUUCGUUCGACGUGAAGAUUAUUUGGCACAUCCACGUCAUGGUGGUAAAGUUGAAUCCAGGCUCAGAAAUGAACAAGAAGUGUUUGAUUCAUUGAAAACAUGGGCUUCUAAUUAUUCUCGAUGUAAUGUAAACCUCAUAAAUGGGUUGUUUGCUCACAUGUCUAUGAGAGAGCAAAUCCGAGCUAUCGAGGAUGCAUCAGUAAUUAUUGGAGCUCAUGGGGCGGGUCUAACUCAUGUAGUAUCAGCAUUACCACAAACUGUGAUUCUUGAAAUUAUUAGCAGCCAGUUUCGGCGCCCCCAUUUCCAAUUGAUCUCUCAGUGGAAAGGUUUGGAUUACCAUGCCAUUAAUCUCUCUGGAGAUUCUGCUAAUCCAGCUGAAGUUGUUAAAGAGCUUAAAAAAAUCAUGAAAAGCAUUGGUUGCUGAAGCUCUGUAUAUUGGUAUCACAAUUCUUUUCUGCAUAGCUAAGAAAAUAUGAAUGGUCUGCCAUGAUGGAUCUGGAGUUUCCUCUUAAGGCGUUAGAUGUGAAUUUCCAUAUGCUAUUUCUAGGUGUUAGGAUGGAUAUUAAAGGAAUAUAUUCAGGUUUGAAGAAUUUUGUUCUUGGUGGCUGACGAGUCAAGGAUGCGGCUUCUUGAAUAUUUUUAAUGGAUUGAGUUGUUUUUCUGUGUGUUCUUCCUCAGGCAGUUCUAUGCAAGGUAGUUUAGGACUUUAGGAGUAACAUAAUUUGACCAGUUUGUACUCCAUUCAUAUUACCAAUUUCACCUCUGGUUGCAGGUAGGCCUUUGUAUACUUUGUCCCUAACAUUUGUGUACUUUAAAUUUAUGGUACUCUAUGUACAGUUAUAAUAUCAAUACGGUGGAUGAUCCACUUGAAUGAAUGUCAAUUACCUCAAGGUUUGUUUCUCA